AUGGCAGAGGAUUUAACCACGAAAGUCCUCGACGUCCUGAACUCCACAGACGGUCCCGUUGUCACAUCGGACAUCUUUCCCAAUGCCACCUUUGUCAGUGUCAAGUCCGCGGUCGACAAAUUACGGUCGAGAGAAUUCAUUCAAGCGGAGCAAAUUGAUCGGUUAGAACUUGUUCUCACAAAAGAAGGACAUGACAUCGCAGAAAAUGGAAGCAAUGGCGCCAGGGUCUUCGAGGCAGUCCGGGCAGCAUUAGAAGGACUGAAGAUCAAAGAUUUACCCACCGCUGUAGGCGACGCAAAUGUGGCCAAGUUCGGUUCGGGAGAUGCUUUCAAAUUAAAGUGGAUCAAGAAGGAUGGGGACACCCUCAAAGCAAUUACGGACAAGAUCCAAGACGAGGUGCAAGAACAACUACGGGAGAUCCAGUCCAGGAAAGCCCUAGACAACCCCAAAAUUGUGGCAGACUUCAAGAAAAGGAAGUAUGUGGCAGAGCAGAAAACCGUCGACUUCAAAAUCUCCAAGGGCCCUAAAUUCUCGACAGAAUUUGUCAAGGAAGAAGCAGAUCUGACUGCAGAAAUGCUGGCGUCUGGGGCUUGGAAGACCGUGCAAUUGAAACCAUACAACUUCAAAGCAAAAGGAGCACCCACGCCAUCCGGAGCUCUUCACCCUCUCAACAAAGUGCGUCAAGAGUUCAGAGAGAUCUUCUUUGAGAUGGGAUUCGAGGAGAUGCCGACAAAUCGAUAUGUGGAGACCGGAUUCUGGAAUUUUGAUGCUCUCUAUGUUCCUCAACAACACCCUGCUCGCGAUCUUCAAGACACGUUCUAUAUCUCGGAUCCUGCAAGAGCCGAUCCUCCUCGGGAAGAUCCAGAACCUCCAGCCCCUGGGGAGAAACCCACACCUUCACCCUCACAUAAGAGAACAAAGUCGAAAGAAAAAGCCUUGGACUUCAAGAAAUAUUGGGAUGAUGUCCGUGCCGUUCAUGAGAAUGGGAAAUUCGGGUCAAUAGGUUACAGAUACCCAUGGUCUGAAGAUGAGUCUUUGCGACUUGUUUUGCGGACUCACACCACAGCAAUUUCUACAUACAUGCUCCACAAACUCGCCCUGAACCCUCGGCCAGCGCGGUACUUUUCCAUCGACCGGGUCUUCCGAAAUGAGACAGUCGACCAAACCCAUCUUGCGGAAUUCCACCAGGUGGAAGGUGUGAUUGCUGACUGGGGCCUGACUUUGGGCGGAUUGAUCGGUUUCAUGGAAGUCUUCUUCGGCAAGAUGGGGAUCAAAAACCUGAGGUUCAAGCCCGCAUACAACCCUUACACAGAGCCGAGCAUGGAAAUCUUCAGCUACCACGAGGGAUUGAAGAAAUGGGUCGAAAUCGGAAACAGCGGCAUGUUCAGGCCGGAAAUGCUGGAGCCCAUGGGCUUACCAAAGGAUAUGCGGAUAUAUGGUUGGGGCUUGAGUUUGGAGCGACCGACCAUGAUCAAGUAUGGCGUCAACAACAUUCGGGAACUCCUGGGACACAAAGUCGACCUCAACUUCAUUGAACAGAAUCCCGCUGUCCGCUUACACAAAGAUUAG